AUGAAAGCCGCUCGUCCCUAUCGGUCGCAUAAAUAUCCAGCCUGCGCUCGUUGCCAUAAACGCCGAUCACGAUGUACCAUUGAAAUUCCCGGUCAGGCUUGCUUACUCUGUCGCAUGCAUGGUGUACCUUGCUCUUCUGCCACCGCCAAAAAGGACGACCGAGUGACCCCCAAAGUUGGUUUCGUCCACAGAUCACUUCUUGCCGACGAAAAGUCUCUGGAAGGUGUGUCGCAUAUUGUAGGACCAGUCGUCGCUCGCGACACCCAGAUCUUAGACCAAUAUCUGCCCCAAGUCAACGGCGUUCCUAGCCAUGUUCCGAUACGACCCAACAUUGGCCGUCGAGAGUCGACCAAACCAAUAUACCACAUCCCGAUCCCUCCGCACAGACCGAGUCCCACGGACUGCAAUUGUACCAGAAAUCUGCCAGCGGAGCUCAUCGAGCAGGUCGAGCCUUUCAUUGAUCAGUUGAUGGUCAGUUAUUUUGAGAAUAUUCACCCUUGCUACCCCCUCGUCGACGAGGAGUGCGUCAUGUCCAAAAUCAAGGAACGAAAUGCCUUUCCUCAGACCUUCUACGUCAAUCUUGCCGCCUAUGCUCUUUUCUAUUGGGACUUGUCGCCCUCUCUUGCGCCCUACGCGAGGCCUGACCAGGAUGUUGCCUGGCAAACUGCUGUUGCUGCCAUUAUCGGGGAUAUGCAAAAGGGUGAUCUGGCGACGGUCAUCUCGCUGUGCAUAAACGUUGCAGGGCGACCUUCACGAUGCCUCGUCCACAAUGUGAGCAAUGUUGCUCGUGCGGUUGCCUUGUCACACGCCAUGGGUCUGAACCAUGAUAGUAGCGAAUGGAAACUGGCAGAUACAGAGAAACGGCUUCGUUGGAAGGCCUGGUGGGGAGUUGUCAUCCAGGAUCGCUGGUUCAAUUUCGCUCAAGGAACACCACCGUACAUUUCAAAGGGCCACUAUGACGUGCCUCUUCCGACGAUGGAUUUGCUUACACACGGGAGGACAGGAUCAUCAAGACAUGCCCGCGCAGCAGAAGUUUUCAUACAGUUGUGUCGCCUGACGGAGAUUGUGGGGGAUGUCUUACCGCUCAUUUACCACAUCCGCUCAGGCAAUGAUAGCAUAGCAGCGGAACAGACCUCGAGGUCGGAGAUCGAACUCAACCGAUGGGUGGAAAGUCGGCCACCUUGGCUGAAUCUGAACGAUUUUCAGACCAGGUCGCCAGUCCCGGGUCUUCUCAAUCUUCAGCUGUGCUAUCUUGCCGUUCGGAUGCUGCUGCGUCGAAUAGCUUGGCACGAAAUCAGCCAGCGAGAGAGCGACCCUGCAUCAUCGUGGCUACUAGGAUGUCAAACGGCCGCCGAGGAUAUCGUUCGUUUCGUCACCUCAUUACACAAGCAGGACUUGAUGGGAUUUUGGUUGCCAUACAAUGCUCAUCACUUCACCUCGGCUGUGACUCUCCUACUACGCUGUGCACUACAGACGAGCUAUUCCAAUGUCCGAGCACAGUGUAUGGCAAGUGCUAGAACACUCGUCGACUGUUUGAAAAGAUAUCAUGAAGAGUACAGGUGGGAUCUUGCUGAAGCUGGCUUGUCACAGAGUGAGUCUGUUCUGAAGAGAAUCGAGGACGCUCUCCCCAGAACACCUAUGGCAAACACCCCAAUCAUGCCUUCACCCAUACACCAUGAUUCUAUGGACACCCGACUUUAUAUCGACGAUGACAUGCUCGGCGAUCCUCUUCCGGAGGAAGCAUUUGUCAUGCAGGGAGGUCAGGGCUCUAUUGAAGAAUUGUUCCCCGAGAUCUUUUCAGAUUUCACCGACACUGCCUUGUUUCCUGGUCCGGUCCUCAACGAGCUUUGA